AAAAAAUAUCGUUGUGAUGCUGAAGGAUGUGGGAAGGCUUACUCAAGACCUUGUCUUUUGGCUCAGCACAAAAGAUCCCAUUCAAACUCAAGACCGUUUGUAUGUGACGAAUGUGGCAAAGGGUUCUUUAGAGAAACUCAUUUGAAAGUUCAUGCUUGGGUCCACUCCCCUGACAAACCACUGAAAUGCUCAGUUUGUUCAAAAGGUUUCACUACAAAUCAGCAAUUGACUCGUCAUUUAAAGACUCAUCCUUUGAAGUUCAAAUGUCCUUAUGAAUGUGAACAAGUUUUCGCCACAGAACAAGAAUUAACUGAUCAUGUCCUAUCAGACCACGUAUUGAAUGAUAUUGUUGAUAUUCCAACCCAUAAAGAAUUGUAUGAAGAUAACGCAAGAAACCCACCAGUUUGUCAAUUAUCAGUUCCAGACCCUGAUUUAGCAACACCAACUUCAUUCUAUUCAAGUCCAACAAGUACCACAAGUGCAAAUACACUCUCAUCGUGCUCUUCCAUAUCUACAUCAGGACCUUCUAGUUCAUCGUCCCCAGAUUUCUGGGAGAACUGGUCUGACCAUUGUUGUAAAGAACCAAGCUGUCAAGGAGGUCCUCCUCUUACUAGUUGGUUUGAUUUAGUGUACCAUUAUGACGAGGCACAUAAUUAUGUUCCAGAGACAUUAUGUACUUUUUCAUUC